AUGACAGAGCUGCCUCGAGUUCUUUCAGACUUAGAAAUAAAAAUUUCAACAAAAGACAAGAAAGCAAUAUUUUAUUUACAAUUCCCCGGGGAUCUGUUGCUCAACAUGUUAAAAAUGUUGAUUUUGCCACUAAUUGUGUCCAGUUUGAUCAGCGCAAUGUCUGGCCUUAAAGCUCAGGCCACAGGAAGAAUGGGACUAAGGACGGUGCUUUAUUAUAUGGUCACCACAUUCUGUGCGGUCAUUCUGGGAAUCAUUCUCGUGGUGUCUAUCCGACCUGGCCAUAGAAGAGAAGCCGUUAUCGAGAGAAGUGGGACUGCGAAGUCUGCGGAGGGAUUGUCGGCCUUAUUGGACCUCAUCAGGAAUGAACGUUCUUGGACAUGUGGUGUUUUAACAAACCUCGGUGACAAGGGAAAACCUCUUGUAGAUGUAUUUGAUUGUCUACAUCUUGCAACAAUGAAACUGAUAACGCUUGUCAUAUGGUAUUCACCCUUUGAAAUCAUUUUCCUUAUCGCUGCAAAACUUGGGAUGGAAAAACCCACAGAGAUGUUCACACAACUUGGCUAUUACAUGUUAACCGUUCUAACUGGAUUAGCAAUUCAUGCUUUUAUAGUUUUACCUCUAAUCUACUUUAUAUUUACAAGGAAGAACCCAUUCAGGUUUCUUUAUGGAAUGCUUCAGCCCAUGCUUACAGCUUGGGGUACAGCAUCCAGCUCUGCCACACUACCUGUAACGAUGGAUUGUCUUCAGAAGAGAAAUCACGUGGACCACCGCGUGACUAUGUUUGUAACCCCCAUUGGCGCCACAAUAAACAUGGACGGAACAGCGUUGUACGAAGCUGUGGCAGCAAUUUUUAUUGCACAAUACUUGGGAGUGUCCUUAGACAUAGGACGGAUUGUAAUCAUAAGUCUUACAGCCACAGCAGCAGCUAUUGGGGCAGCAGGAGUUCCAUCGGCUAGACUGGUUACCAUGGCGAUAGUUUUGUCUGCAGUUGGACUUCCGGUGGAGGAAGUGAGGCUAGUUCUAGCACUUGACUGGUUUUUAGAUCGAUUUCGGACUGCAGUGAAUGUAUUGGGAGAUUCCUUUGGCGCAGGCAUCGUCGAUCAUCUCUCUCGUCAAGAUUUAGAAGAUAUGGAUAAGGAAAAUUCAAAAGAUGAUAGUCUGCAAAGACAUAAAGCUAAUGGCGAUGUCAAUAAUUUGCAAACCCCUGAUAAAAACACAAACACAAAAUUGUAGGCUCAUCCGUUUAAAGAGUGAUCUGGUAUUUGAAA